UAUGGCGGGAAAAUCUCCCAUUCGCAAUCGUCGCCACCGUUUCCUGCUGUUUCCUUCUUUCUAGGGUUUCAUUCAUCGGUCGCUCCAAAUCAAUCGGAAAAGAGCAGAGUCCACUGAAACUCCGAGGGGAGUUCGAGCUCCUGAAGAGUCGAAACCGCAAUGCCGACGUACAAAAUACGGGGAAUCGAUGUGGAUUUCCCUUUCGACGCCUACGAUUGCCAGCUCGUUUACAUGGAAAAAGUCAUCCAGGCUCUCCAAGAAAGGUGUAAUGCUCUAUUGGAGAGCCCUACUGGAACUGGAAAGACAUUAUGCCUUCUCUGUGCUACUUUGGCGUGGAGGAAGAGCUUGGGAAGCUUCUCAACUGGUUCUGCUAAGCCAGACUCACAGUCUAAUUCCAAUGUAAACAAUUUUCCGACUAUAGUGUACGCUUCUCGCACUCAUAGUCAGCUGCGCCAAGUGAUUCAAGAACUGAAAAGAAGCAACUACAGGCCUAAAAUGAUGGUCUUAGGUUCUCGAGAGCAAUUAUGCAUCCAUGAUGAGGUCAGUUUGCUUCGAGGAAGAGCACAAAAUAAUGCCUGCCAUUAUGCUUGCAGAAAGGGUGCAAAGAGUCGCUGCAAGCAUUAUUCUCUCGUCGCUGACUUUGUGAAGAACAGUCCAUUUCUCGGGGACGAUCCUGUCGACAUAGAGGAUUUGAUUUCUAUUGGAAGAAAAUCUGGGCCGUGUCCUUACUAUAUAUCAAGAGAGCUCCACAAGGCUGUUGAUAUUCUUUUCGCUCCCUACAAUUAUCUGAUUGAUCAAAGCUACAGGAAGUCGUUGUCUCUUGACUGGAAUAAUAGCAUACUCAUUUUUGAUGAAGCACAUAAUUUGGAAAGCUUGUGUGCAGAUGCUGCCUCAUUUGAUCUGCCUUCUGGCCUUCUGACAGCUUGCAUUUCUGAAGCCAAAAGUUGCAUUGAUCUCUCCGUUGAUAGAAGAGAUAAAUCAAAUGAUACAUCUCGAAACCCGGACAAUUUUGCUAUUCUUAGAGCAUUACUUCUGAAGCUCGAAAAGAGAAUUGCUGAAAUACCUGUUGAAUCCAAGGAAUUUGGCUUUACCAAACCUGGACCUUACAUCUAUGAAUUAUUUUCUGAACUAAACAUCACACAUGAAACUGCCUCUAUGCUCAUGGGAAUAAUUGAGGAGGCUUCUGUGCUUCUUGAGGAAUCCAAGGAACUGGAAGCAAAGGGUGGCAUUUGCAGGCUUGAAACUAUGGGUGAAAUUCUUAAGCUGAUCUUCAGAGAAAAGGAACAUGCUCAUUCCAAUUUUUAUCGUCUACAUGUGCGGGAAGUUGAUGCGUAUCCUUCAGAUGGUUUAAAAGGCAAGGCAUUGAGGACUCUCAGUUGGUGGUGUUUCAAUCCUGGAUUAGCUAUGGAAGAGUUUUCAAAGAUGGGAGUUGGUUCUAUUGUAUUGACGUCUGGCACAUUGUCUCCCAUGGAUUCAUUUGCUCAAGAACUUAAUCUAGAUUUUCCUGUGCGGCUGGAAAAUCCUCAUGUCAUAUCAUCAGAUCAAAUAUGGGCUGGAGUGGUAGCAGCUGGUCCAUCUGGCUGCUUAUUUAAUUCCUCUUAUCGAAAUCGGGAUUCCUUAGAAUACAAGCAAGAGCUUGGCAAUGCUAUUGUUAAUUUAGCUCGAAUAGUGCCGGAUGGACUGCUUGUAUUUUUCCCUUCUUACUACAUUUUGGAUCAAUGUCUUCAGUGCUGGAAGAAUAUGGCUCAUCCCAAUUCAGUGGACUCUAACACCAUAUGGGAAAGGAUCUGUAAACAUAAACAGCCUGUUGUGGAACCUCGACAGUCGUCACUCUUUCCUUUAGCCAUUGAGGACUACAUGUCCAAGCUCAAUGACACCUCAAACUCAGGUGCAUUAUUCUUUGCAGUUUGUCGUGGGAAGGUGAGCGAAGGAUUAGAUUUUGCGGACAGUGCUGGCAGAGCUGUUGUAGUCACAGGCUUGCCAUUUGCCACUAGGACUGAUCCAAAGGUGCGUUUGAAACGUGAGUACCUGGAUGAGUUGGCACGCUUGCAGAAGGAAAGGAGGAUUCUAACUGGAGAUGAAUGGUAUAACCAACAAGCAUCCCGAGCUGUGAACCAGGCUGUAGGACGUGUUAUUCGUCAUCGUGAUGAUUAUGGAGCCAUAAUCAUGUUGGAUGAAAGAUUUGCACAUCCGAAUCGUCAGUCCCAAAUAUCACGUUGGAUACAGCCUCACAUUAAGUGUUAUUCUAAGUUUGGAGAAGUGGUUUAUCAUUUGACCCGUUUUUUCCGAGAUGGAGGGAAUCGUGUCCCUGCAAAGCCAAAGAAAUUGCAACACAAAGACAGUGGAGAUACAAAAAUUGUGGAGCCUAUACCCUUUUCUCAAACUCCACUGGCUUUGCCAACAGACGAUGAUGGCAAUUUACAUCCGAUAUCUUUAGCUUGUGAAAUGAAAAGAACUGCCAACUCAAGCCAGUUGAGAGAAGUCAUUCCUGCCAAUCGCUCAUCUUUUUCUCCUUUGAAAAAGUUCCUGGGAUCAAUGGGGAGUUCUUUUGGGAAUUAUACCAGUAACGGACAAAAGCUACUAAUGUCUGGGAGGGGCAAUAUACAGCAGAAAAGUGAAAUAGUAGAUUUAACUGCCGAUUCCCUAGUUGAUGAGAAACCAUAUAAAGGACUAACAGCACCUCGCUUUACAAAGAAGCGCAAAAUAUCUCACCUAGAGGACUGUGUUAUGCUUGAUGCUGGACAUAGCAGUAAGUGUACCAAUGGUGCCGAAUGUUCACAAUCAGAGUGCCGCUCUUCAUGUGUAAAUUUAGUGGAAUGGGAUAAUUCAUCCACUUCUGAUGGUAGGAGCAGAAAACAAGUCCAAGGUGUUUCGAUUUCUCUUCCUCGAGAUGACGAGCCUAUUCCAAGUAUUGAUGCUAAUCCUCUCUCAGAGGGAUCCAAAGGUGUCCAAAAUGCUACUGCACCUGGCAAAGAUGAGGAGAAUAAAGGAUCUGCUUUUCUGUUACAGGUUCAGGAGAAACUUAAUUCUUCAGAAUAUAAAGAAUUUAUUGGGUUUAUGAAGGCACUGAAGUCCAAAUCAAUGAAAAUAAGUUAUGUUCUUCAGUCGAUUGCCAGACUGUUCUCUGGACCAGAAAGGCUUCAGGUUUCUACAAGAUUUAAGGAUUUUAUCCCCGUGAAGUAUCACUCUCUGUAUGAGAAGUAUCUUGGAGCAAAUGAUGGCAUCGCAGAUGGUUGAAAGAGGAGCAUUGUUCUCUGCCCUUCGGUCCAGCCUAAAUUAUAUGCAACUGCUGCAUUAUUUUAUUGGGGAGAUUAAAGUUUGAGGUUCAGGUGACGUCAAUGACUCUGUAUUCCAUUUCCUGUCUGGGAAAUAUGCAAACUAGGUGUCUUUGCCGAAGUUUCAGGCAAAGUUGAUGAUUGGUUGCUGGGGACAAUGAGCUUUCACCUGAUGAACCUUGGACUGGAAUUUAACAACUGAGUUGUGAGGCUUCUUUUUUUUUUUUUUUAUUUAUUUUUAUUUUAUGGAAGGCGAUCUUACAAUUUUCCAGCCCUGCUGGGCCACAUGUUUUGGUUCAGUACAAAUGGCGUAAGCUAAGGAUGCUGGAGAUUUAAGCUCUCGGAGAGCUGCACGUCAAUCGGCUGAAGUCCUGCAGUUUCAUAUCGGUAGUGUUUGUGUUGAAAUCUUUUGGAUGCUGAAGCUAUCAGGCACUGCUAUUUACUUGGCCACCAAAAGAGUCUAUUCUCUUCCCAGAUUAAAUGGAACCGUCUUCCAUCGUCACUGUAAUUUAACAUGCUGCAAGUUUAUUGGGAGUAGUCCCUUCUUUUCAUGGUCCUGUAUAGAUGGAAAUUUUAUCAGUCUAGUGGAGAUAGAUGCUCCUCUAACUAGCUAUUAUAAUAUUCUCCUGAAAGUUCGUUGGUAUUAGCUUGUGUUCGGGAGUUGUUCCUGGUGAAAAUAAUUGAUCGUGGUGUUGUUAACUGAGGUUUUCAACAGUCAAGAGUUGUGUCUGUGGUAGGGA